AUGCUCCGAGUAACCCACGAAACCAGGGUUGAAAGAGUGGAGUCAUUCUGAAGUUACGAGCCAUAGGUUUUAUUCGGUUGCCCCAAUACGAUUUAUGUGUUGGAGACGAACGUUUUUGUGAAAGCAUUUGUUUACAUAUUAUAUAUUUUUAUAUAUUUGGCAUCAGUUGAAGAACAUACUAUACCAUAGUAUACAGCAUACUAUAGUGCAGGCUGAAUGCCGAUGUUAAAAUAAGGCCAAUUGUAAAGAUCUUCAGCAUGGAUGGCGAAAAAGAGUUUGCUUGAAAGGAAGUGUAUUUAAAAAAUGUAUUUUGUGAUGAUACGUAAUUCCUCACUGGCGGACAUUGCCCAUAAUUUCCAAGUGUAGCAUUUACCUUUCUCCCCUUAUUUUGUCUGCUUGUCACUUCAUGUUUUGUUUCAGAAACUGGGUGAAAGUGUCCAGCAGCUCCUCCUAGCAAAAAUUGCGGUCUACUUGAUGACCUUCUUGAUAGUCACAGUGGCAUGGGCAGCUCACGUAAGACUGUUUCAGGUGAUAGAGCUCAUAGAUGAUGUCCUCGCUCUUCUAAAUCUGGCCUGUAUGAUGAUCAUAACCUUCUUGCCAUACACAUUUUCUUUAAUGGCCUCCUUCCCAGAUGUACCUUUUGGCAUUUUCCUGUUCAGUGUCUGUGCUGUCAUCAUUGGCCUUAUCCAGGCACUGAUAGUAGCCUAUGGAUUUUAUCACCCACACUUACUAAAUCAACAGAUACAAGUAUCUGAAAACCAGAACUUCUAUAAACGUCAUAUCUUAAAGAUUAUUUUAAGAGGACCGAUUUUAUGCUUUUUAGCAGCCAUCUUUUCUUUUUUCUUUAUCCCUUUGUCUUAUGUGCUGCUUGGACUCGUUAUUGUUUUUCCGCACCUCAGUCGAUUCAUUACAUGGUGUAAAACCAAGAUUGUUGGUGAAAGAGAUGAAGAGGAACAUGGUAGCUUAGAGACCUUCACUUUUUACCUCAGUGAGCCUCUGAGUAAGGAGCGAGUAGAGGCAUUCAGUGAUGGAGUCUAUGCGAUUGUAGCAACCCUGCUUAUUCUGGACAUAUGUGAAGACAAUGUCCCGGAUCCUGGAGAAGUUAGGGAAAAGUUCCACGACAGCCUCCUUGAGGCAUUAAGUGAAUACGGACCGAACUACCUUGCCUACUUUGGCUCUUUUGUAACAAUUGGCCUUCUCUGGUUUGUCCACCACUCGCUUUUCCUUUAUCUAACCAAGGCUACACGACUAAUGGGACUGCUCAACAUACUUUCUCUGGCUUUCAUCGGGGGCCUCCCACUGGCUUAUCAGCUUACCAGCGAAUUCGCAGAGAGAUCUCACAAUGAAAUAGAAGCCAUCCAGGUCAGCUGCGUUAUCACCUUCUUUGCCAGCAUAUUUCAGUUUGCCAUAUGGACUACAGCCCUUCUCCAUGAAAGAGAAACUCUGCAUCCUUUCGCUAGAUACGGUGGCAAGGAGCAUGCCUUCAUGUUUGCCAAGCUUGCGCUCUACCCCUGUGUGAGCCUGGGCGCCUUCUUUCUGACGUGCUUGCUAAGUGAAUUCAGCACUGCAAUUUUCCACCUUAUGCAGAUUGUGAUCCCAUUUGCUUUCCUUGCCUUGCGCAUUUUUGUCAGAAUUGCCUUGGCCAUCCUAAAGUCUGUGAUGUCCUUCUCCAGAAGGAAGGUUGUGUUGUUAGAGGAAGAGGAGGCAUGUUUGUCUUCUGGUGAAACGCUGUCCUAAUUUUUUCAUGCAGUGCAAGUGAAAGUGUAACAUUGCAUAAACUACAUUAACUCAAUGUGAUUUAGAACUAAAGUAUGCAUUAUAUUGAUCUAAACUAAAGCUUGUUUUGAUCAUAACUGGGGCAUACUUAAGUUUGGUAAUGCUUAAGACCCUUUCUCCAAAACAUGUGAUUGGAAAAAGUUGGGUUAGUAGGAGAGACAAGGAAAAGCAUGUUUUCCUUCGUUUAAAAUUUCCUCUUUGGAGGGAAAAAAUGUUGCUUGAAGUGUAAGUGCAGUGAUGAUCACUUCAGAAGCAUGCAGACAGAUGCUCAGCAAGAUGCCCUGUUCCUGACAUCUGGAAGUCAUUGUGGCAGCUGAACACAGGCACAAAUAAAUGAUUAUGCUGCUAUGUGAAGAGCACAUGAGGCCUGAAGACAUGAAGGGAGACCUCUGAGUGGAUUGAUAGAACAUUUAUGCAAACGUUUUGGGGUUUUGGGUUUUUUUUUUUUUUUUUUUUUUUUGUUAAACCGUCUCUUCUGCAAAGCCACAGAAUUAUGGUGUUAUUUCAAAAGUUACUUGCUUUUGAAUGGCUCUGAGCUUGAGUUUAGGUGGAAAUUGCAAUUGGGACUGAUGAUGCAGUUUUCCAGGCUGCCUUAACACUUAAUAGGAAAAAUGUAUUUAAUAAAUGAGGAUUCACAUAGUUACGUAUCUAAGGUUUGAACUAGCUUUGUAAUCAACAAGGGAAGAAACUUGAACUGUGGGACCACCAGUACAUCUGUCCUCAGCUGUGAAACAUGCUGCCCCUUUGAAAAGACAGAAUGGGAUUUCUCAGGGUUUUUGUGUCUGUUCUCCUGCCUGUUGAAAGGAACCUCCUUAAAAAAGAUCAGCUUAAGUUUUGGGAGUCAUGGAGUGCAGAGAUUUUCCAAAUACCUCUUCCCAUGUUCCCAUGUAGAGACUUUCUGAGGAGUUAAUACAAGAAACACCUACAGAUUUUGGAGCUGCAGCAAGAGGGUUGAAGGAACGAACCCAGGACCAGCUCUAGUCUCUGGAAUAUUGGGUCUUAUGCAGCCAAACUCCCAACUUUUCCCUGCAUAUUGCUGAACAGAGGAGGUGUGCAAAGUCAUCCAGGCUCUGGUUCCCUGGAUGGUUAUGUGUUUCUUUUGGGCAGAGCCAUUAAUUUUGUUUCUUCAAUUGUCUUAGUGCCUGAUAACUUUUCUGCCAUGUCCAGAGGUAUUUGAGGGAUUUCAUUUUUCCCCUUAAAAAAAAUACUGUAGCAAAAGUAUCUGGAAUAACUGCUAACGGAAACAAAAUUGUGGUUAGUUUCAGUCUAGAUCAGUCUGAAAGCACUUAUACUUUUUGUUUGAAGCACCUUGGUAAGCACACAUAACAUUUAGUGUUGGGUACUCUAUGUAAGAGAUCGUCUUCAGAUAUUUUUAGGGGUUUUAUAUUUGGUUGAAGCUGAAGG